CCUGGGCUGGUGGGAGGUGUCCCUGCCCAUGCAGGGGGUGGGUCUGGCUGAUCCUGGAGCUCCCGGACCAGCCCGGGAGCGCACGGGACGCGCGGCGGGACCAGCCCGGCCCCCCCGCCCCAGCAGCCGCCAUCGCGGCCGCUCCCUGCGCACGCGCGGGGCGGAAGGGGGGGCGGCAGCUUCCGGUGAUGGCGGCGGGGCCGGGAGCGGGGAGCGCCGCGCAGCCCCUCAGCGAGGAGAAGCGCCAGGGCGGCGGGGGAAGGGGGUGAAAGAUGAGCCCGGCCCGUGCCGGUGGGAGCCGCAGCACCCAGCGCUGAGCCCGCCUCGGCCGCCGUCGCCAGAGCCGGAGAUGGCAGCGGAGUCCACCAUCCCCAUCUGGCAGAACAAACCCCAUGGCUCAACGCGCAGCUUUGUCAGGAGGAUUGGGUCAACCCUCCCUCUGAGACCCUGUCCCAGGGCAACCUUUGAGGUUCUCCCAAGUGUUUCUGAGCUCUAUUUAAACGAUGUCUCCCCAGUCCCCACCUUGGCAGACAUUGUGUGGAUUGCGGCCGACGAUGAAGAAACAUACGCCAGAGUCAGAAGUGACACUCGCCCGCUGAAGCACACGUGGAAGCCAAGUCCCUUCACUGUCAUACAGCGAAAUGCUUCAGUGCCCAACCUGAGGAAGCAGGAGGAGAAGCUGCUGGCCUUGAAGAAACCUGGGUUACCAGCUCUGAGCAGAACUACAGAGCUCCAGGAUGAGCUGAGUCACCUUCGGAGCCAGAUCGCUAAAAUAGUCGCUGCGGAGUCAGCUUCUGCUUCAUUAACACCAGAUUUAUUAUCUCCAGGAAGUUCAAACGCAUCUUCUCCUUUACCUUGUUUCGGACCCUCUUUCCAAUCUACAACUUCCUUUGUCAUUAGCGAUAUCACAGAGGAGGAGGCAGAACUGGAAAGCCCUGAGCUCCCCUCAGUCUCCCUGCUUGGUUCUGCAACCUCUGAGUGUUGCAAACCGGAACCCAAGGACCCCGAGGAGGAAGAUUCCGUGUCCCUGUCCAAGGCCAGCAGCUUCGCAGACAUGAUGGGAAUUCUGAAAGACAUUCAUAGGAUGAAGCAGAGCAAAGACUUGAGCAGAACGUCCAUGAAGGAGGAAGACCCAGCAGUCCUUAUAGCAGAGGUUCUGAGAAGGAAAUUUGCCCUGAAGGAUGAAGAUCUGUCCAUGAAGGAGAAAUGAUGACAUUAAACUCUGUAAGCAAAAAGUGUCACGCUCCCAAAAUGUUCUCCACAGUAGCUGCCUUCCUAAGGAUUGAGCCUUUUGCCUCUUUUAUUAAGGUUUCUGCACUGGACACUUACUUAGGAAAGACCCGGUGGAUUUGAUGUGUUUUCCAUGUAUUGUUAUAUUUAAGAAAAAAAAACACAACAAACUUUUUAAGAAGAUGGAAAUUCUUUUCCACCUGUAUUUUGAUGUUUAUUGCUAAGGAUCUUGGGAAGAGUGCAAUGAGUGCUGCUGGAUGAUAUCCUUUCUACCUACAGUUUUCCUUAGGUUCCAAUUAAGCGUUACCUUAUAAUGGCCUCGUCCCAGUAUAACCAGUCACCAUUUCCAGUAUAAAGGGAUGUCAAACAUCACAUUUUUUUUCUCCAAGUAUGGUACGGAGCUACUGCAAAUUAGCUAAUUAAUGCUUCCAGGUCUUCAGUGUGGAACCACAGUGGGGAAAGGCACCUGGUAGGAUGGACCUGCAGUGAUCAAAGCACUUGGUCACCUUCCCAGGGCGGUGGCUGGUUUUAGUGUGCCCUGGGUGUUCCUUCUCACCAAUUAGCCCCACAGUUGCAUGACAGAACAGCCUUAAUUUCUUGCCAGUCAUUUUAACGUUUCAUUACUAGUCCUUGUAUUCAGGUCAUGGAUUUUAUUUAGCAUUCAAAAGGUCUAUUUAUUGAACUGCCACAGCUAAAGAACUAAGCACCCCCCACAGGAGCUGCCAGCUGAGCACAGGGAAGAAGGAACCAGCCUUGGCUGUGGCUACAAUUCCCACUGGAACUGAAGGUUUCUUUCAGCUGCACCUUCUCUGCAAUGUUCCUCAUGCCUGUAUUUAAAGUUUGAUUUUUUUUUUCCUUUAUAUAAAAUGGAGCCUUAAUAAGACAA